AUGGGUGAGACUAGAAAAAAACAUCUACUCAAAGGGCACCAGAUGAAGGUCUGGCGCCUUGGCCUGGGCUCCUCCAUCAUUAGCCUGGAGAUCAUCUUUCUGUGGGUGGUCAUGCUUCUCACAGGCACAUCCUGUACCCAGGGGUCUUACUCUUAUUAUGAAAUAGUCAUCCCCAGGAAAUUAGUAACAUUCAAAAGCAGGGAAGAAUCAAUAGAAAAGCUGUCCUACAUAUUACUAAUGAGAGGGAAAAGGCAAGUAAUUCAGCUGAGGUUGAAAAGAGGAUUGUUCAUCAAGAGCUUCCCUGUCUACACCUACACCAAAGAUGCCCUAGUUCUGGACAUGCCUUUUCUCCAGGAUGACUGCUAUUACGAUGGGUACGUGGAAGGUGAGCGGCGUUCCCUAGUUUCAGUCAGCACCUGCUCAGGCCUCAAAGGCGUGAUAACUAUAGAGAAAUCAGUCUAUGGCAUCGAGCCCAUUGGCACCUCAAAGAAUUUUGAACAUGUCUUGUACCACUUGGAUGGGGAUGUAAGAGGCUCCUGUAAAGUCAAAGGAGAAGAUACCCCAAAGUCUACACUCAAUCUGCAACCAAGAAGGGACGAGGAUUAUGGCUAUGAAGAAGUUAAAUUUCUCAACUACAUCUGGUCACACACCAAGUACGUGGAGAUGUUUGUUGUGGUUGACAAUAGGCGGUUUCAAAUGUGGAAUAGCAACGUGACCAAGACAGUUCGGAUGGUGAUGGACGCCCUCGCCCACGUUAACACCUACAGCCAGGGAAUCCACGUCAAGGUGGUCCUGAUAGGUUUGGAGAUCUGGACAGAGAGGGACCAGGUGAGGAUUUCUGGGGACUUGCGGGAAGUGCUGCACAAUUUCAACCACUGGAGAGAAGAGGAGCUGGUCAGGCGGGCAAAGCAUGAUGUUGCCCAUCUCAUAGUGGGCUAUGAUCCAGGAGAGUCCAGGGGGGAAGCAUUUCUCAAUGGGGCCUGUGUGCCUGAGCUUGCAGCAGCAGUCGAAUCUUUCUCCCAUGAAGAUCCUACUGUGUUUGCAGUGCUCAUGGUCCAUGAGCUGGGGCAUAACCUGGGCAUGAAGCAUGACCACCUGGCCUGCAUGUGUCCUGACCAGCCAUCCUGCAUCAUGCUUGGAACUAUCAGCUUUGAGAGCAGUUUCAGCAACUGUAGCUUGGAGGAUUUCUAUGAAUUCCUGCGGCGGCACAAAGGGUCCUGCCUCUAUGACAAGCCAGUGCCCAGGGUGGUCAGGAAGCCCUUCUGUGGGGACCACAUAGUAGACCUAGGGGAGGAGUGUGACUGUGGCAGUCAUCGUGACUGUAUGAAGGACCCGUGCUGCCUGCCCUCUUGCCAGAUGAGGCCGGGCUCAGACUGUGCUUUUGGACCCUGCUGCAGAAAGUGCAAGUUUCUGAAGGCGGCCACGCCCUGUCGUCCCAGCGUGGAUGAGUGUGACCUCCCUGAAUACUGUAAUGGCAGCUCCAUGUGGUGCCAGCCUGACACCUACAAGCAAGAUGGCACCCCCUGCAGGGGUGAAGGUUACUGCUACCAGGGGCAGUGCAGGAGCCUGCAGAGCCAGUGUGUGGAGGUGUUUGGGGAGGGCUCCAGAGCUGCCCGGCACAGCUGUUACCAUCACUUGAACAGCCAGGGGGACAGGUUUGGGAACUGUGGCAGUGGGCAGAAAGGCUUACACAAGGUGUUUGUCAAGUGUGAGCCCGAGGAUGUCAUGUGUGGGAGGCUGCUGUGUGAGGACAUCCCAAGGUUACCCCAAACAAGGAACCACCACACUCUCAUCCAGAUCCCCCUCGAAGAUACCUGGUGCUGGGGGGUAGACCUCUUUGAGGAUGUGGAUCUCCCUGAUGGAGGGGCCGUGAGGGCGGGCACCUUGUGUGGCCCCCAGAAGAUCUGUCUCAACCACACGUGCUCUGAUGUGCAGGUGCUGCAGUAUGACUGUGAGCCAGAGGCCAUGUGUCAUGGCAGAGGAGUAUGCAACAACCUCAAGCAUUGUCACUGUGAUGAUGGCUAUGCCCCUCCCACAUGUGACUCCAUGGGCUUUGGGGGUAGUGUGGAUAGUGGCCCCCCUCCGGAGGUUGGAACUUCCCUGGAGGUCAGAGCCCCAUUUCCUGUUCAAAACAACCUUUCCACUCAAGCUGUCCACUUAGAUAUGCCUCGUGCUAUUACCCCUGCUGCCAAAUCUGAUAUACAUGAGAUAGGUUCUGAAGCCCCCCUUCUCAGCUUUGGUCCCACCAUUGAGGGUGGUCCAGAGGGCACAAGGUGUCCAGAUUGUUCAUCCAAGAAAGCUUACCAAAAAUUCCCAGCUGUCAUUGUUAUGAUGUCAGCCUUGAUUGUCAAUAUAAUCCUCCUCAUAGGUCUGUAUUCCAUUAUCUUUGUGCUCUUUUUCUCUAGGUCAGGUGGGGCUAAUAAAGAACAUGCUGAAAUUUAUGAAGCUCAUGAAAGAAUGAACCCACCUCCUCCAUAA